ACGACAAGGAGAAUUUCGAAUCAACAUAGGUGUACUACGUUCGGAGUGACAGGGAUUUGACAACCUUGAAACAAUAAUUCUAGUGUAUGUCUUGGCGGUGAGGAUUUGCCAUUUUUGACCGCUUAGCCGUCCUUUGUUAUAAAGAAUCAUGUUUGCUGAGCAACCACUUCAUGUCCAUCUCGACUGCACAAACCACAAUGGCGGCAGACCUCACACAGCUUAUCCAUAUCAUAUCUACAACCUGUGCUACGAUAUUUCUGUUGAUUCUUCCCGUCAGACUUUGGAAGCUGCGUAAAUCUAGCGUUAGAAGUACUCCAAGUUGGCGAGGACCUUUCAAGGCCGCGCUUGGGAUCUUUUUGUCGGUUGUACUAUCCCUAUGUUGGGCGAAGAUCUCAAGCUUGGAUGUUCAGCAUAAGUCUGAUUAUCUGACCUCACUGUUUACUUCAAUCAUUGCUGCAUUGGGCUUGAGUCUGCUUCUACUUCAUGAGCAGCAGAGGUCUCAUAGAGCUUCAGUUCUGGCUACCCUGUAUCUUUUUGCAACUAUACUGUGCGAUACCGUCUAUCUAACUAUACCUUCUCAGAGCGCCUCACAUGCAAAUGCCUCACGUUUGUUGUUUUUUCGUUGUUGCAUGCACACGGCGCUUCUGCUACUGGAGUUCUGCACCAAUUGGAGCUCACCAUUUAGAUCUUCCAGCAAGCUCCAGUCACCCGAAGAACUCUACGGCAUCUUGAACAGGGCUAUGUUCAUAUGGAUCAAUCCAUUUCUUCUUCAAGGGUACAAAAGGAUUCUCGUCCACCAAGAUUUGCCACUUCUCAAUCGAGACAUGAAGCCAGAGGUCACAAGACAGGCAAUACUUGAAACAUGGUCUCAGCGUGCCAGGCCCGAAACGGAGAGGACUUUGCCUCUAGCUUUGUUCAAAUGCCUGAAGCAGCCCUUCUUGGCGGCUAUUAUCCCUCGACUAUUUUUGCUUAUCUUUCGCUAUUCUCAGCCGAUCCUAAUCAGAGAGUCUAUCAAAUACGUUGUUGCGAGCCCGGCGGAUGCUGAAAGCAGCCGUGAGUUUCGGCUUAUUGUAUCAGCCAUGACAAUCUACGUUGGUCUUGCUCUAUCAACAUCUGUGUACCAACAUCGCAUCAACCGAUUGAAACUCAUGACUAGAAGUGCUCUUGUGGGCCUUAUUCAUGACAAGACCAUGAAGUCACCUAGCGUCGCUUAUAACAAUGGCGAGGCGACUACACUUAUGAGUACUGACGCAGAUAGUCUCGAUGGGAUUGCUGAAAUGAUCCACGAAACAUGGGCCCAAAUCAUCGAAGUGCUGAUUGGUAUAGGACUCCUGGCCAGUCAGGUUGGUUGGAUCUGGCCUCUCCCACUCUUUUUGAUUUACUUAUGUUCGCAUAUGAGUCGAUUCGUUGCAAAACACCUACAGCCCCGUCAAAAAGCUUGGAAUCAAGCAACACAGAGCCGCAUAGCUGCCACAAGCUCCGUGUUGAGCAUAAUGAAAGUUGUCAAAAUGCUUGGAAUCCAACACAACCUGGCCCAUCGCAUUCAAGAACUUCGAAGAGACGAGCUUCUGGCAGCUUCAAAGCUUAGAUGGAUCAUGGUAUAUUACAACGCAUCUGCCAAUGCGCUCGGAAUCUUCUCUCCAGCCAUCACCAUGGUUAUUUUUGCGGUCAUAUCAGUGGCUCGGGGCGGCAGCCUAGACACUGAGACAGCAUUCACCACCAUGGCUAUUUUGAGUAUGGUCACACAUCCUGCAAAUAUGGUCAUGACUAUUGUGCCGCGCGCAGUAGCAGCAUUCGCUGGAUUCGAGAGAAUUCGAAAUUUUCUGCUUCAGCAAUCUCCACAAGCUUAUCGCGGGACGCUGGCAAAGGGAACUUCAAACACGAUGCUGUGGGACCCAACAACUGGCCACUUGGUAAAUCCAGGCCCUGCCAUUGAAAUACGUCAGUUAGCAAUCGGUUACAAACACCUUCUUUUGGAAAAUAUCAACAUUGACGUGGCCAGUGGAUCUCUUGUCAUCAUAUCGGGUCCGACUGGCAGCGGCAAAUCGACCUUGUUGCGUGCUAUGCUUGGGGAAAUAGUUCCUGCCCAUGGAUCAGUUAGCCUGUCUACAAAACAGAUAGCCUAUUGUGCUCAGAGACCGUGGCUACCAAAUAAGACUAUCAAACAGGUGAUCUACGGUGCUACCGACAUCUCCAGUGCUAGCGGUCAAGACGAUGAAAGAUGGUAUGAUGAAGUGACAACUAUGUGUUGUCUCACCCAUGACUUCGAUUACCUUCCAGAUGGAGAUGAGACAGCAACUGGCAGUGGUGGCCUGAAUCUGUCCGGAGGACAGAGACAGAGAGUGACGCUCGCACGUGCGUUGUUUGCAAGAUGCGAUAUCCUGGUGCUUGACGACACCUUCAGUGGGCUGGAUGGUGAAACGGAGCAAGCCGUCUUUGCCAAUUUAUUCGGGUCAACAGGCCUUGUCCGACGGUUAGAGACUACCGUGGUUCUCGUUUCUAAUUCAGCUCAGUACUUCCAAUUCGCGGAUCAGAUUGUGGUUCUGGGUGAUCAUGGAAUUGUAGAGCAAGGAACUUGGAAGGACCUCAGGACUCAAGCCACAUCGAUCGCAAAAUUUUCUGCCAGACCGCACACGAAGGACAAUGCUGCCCUGGCGGCAAACUUUGAAAAACUCAGCGCUCAAUUGCGCGCAAAAGACGAGACUGAACUGGAUCUUGCAAGACAAAGCGGAGAUCCCGCUCUCUAUGCGUAUUAUUUCAAAUUCACUGAUUCCAUGAACCUGGUUAUUCCAAUUGCAAGCACGGCAUUAUAUGCUUUCUUCAUCACUUUCCCUCAAUACUGGCUUCAGCUAUGGACCGAAAUAAGUGGCAGGAACACCGUGUUCUAUGCUUGUGGAUUUCUCUUUCUAUCAAUUAUGUCGUGGAUGUCUACGAGUGUUCAGAUGUGGUCCAUUCUUACCGGACUUGCUCCACAAUCUGGGGAGCGGUUACAUGAAAGUCUUUUGAACAUUGUGAUCAGUGCACCAUUAUCCUAUUUCUCCAAAACCGACAAUGGCGCCAUCCUAAACAGAUUCAGUCAAGAUAUCCAGCUUAUUGACAAGCAAUUACCAUCAGCACUCCAGACUGUGAUGACUCAAAUCUUCAAGCUCCUCAUGCAGGUCAUACUUCUUUGUAUGGCCGAAAGAUGGCUUACAGUGUCUUUACCAGUCUGUGCGGUUCUGGUUUAUUUCGUCCAACGGGUGUAUCUUCGGACAUCAAGACAACUCCGACUUUUGGAGCUGGAGUCUCGAGCAGGGGUCUUCUCCAGCUUUUUAGAAUCUGUUGACGGUCUCGAAACAAUACGGGCCUAUGGUUGGUCCAAAGCUGUCAUACAGGACAACAUUCUACAGGUCGAAAACUUCCAACGUCCGGAAUUCCUCCUCUUGUGUCUUCAGAGGUGGCUCAAUAUUGUCCUUGAUCUUCUCAGUGCCGCAGUGGCAACCAUUGUCGUUGCCAUGGCUGUGGCACUUCGAGGGCAUGUCAGUGGCGCACAAGUGGGAAUAGCACUGAACAUUAUGCUCGUAGCCAACACGACGCUGCUCAAGCUGGUGGAAAGUUGGGCCACACUGGAGACCUCUCUCGGUGCCAUUGCUCGGUUGAAGACGCUCGAGGAUUUGACUCCACUCGAGGGUGGAAAGGUCUGGAGCUUUGAUCCCCCGAGUACCUGGCCUUCCAGGGGAAAUAUUGAAUUGAAGAACAUCAGUGCAUCCUACCAUCCUACAUCCGAAUCUUUAGCUAUCCGAAAUUUGAGCUUGGAUAUUACCGCAGGUCAAAAACUCGUCGUCUGUGGGCGUACAGGCAGUGGUAAGAGCACGUUACUCCUAACGCUCUUACGGCUGUUGGAACUGCGAUCCGGCAAGAUUGAGGUGGAUGGUGUCGAUAUCAAGCAUGUGCGACUAGAUUUGAUACGACAACGGUGCUUCAUCGCAGUUUCGCAGGAUCCUCUACUUCUGCCCAACGAGACCGUGCGCUUCAACUUAGACCCGGAUGCCUCAGAAUCAGACGACACUCUCAUCGUCGCAUUAACGAAAGCGGGACUGUGGUCACAUUUCUUCGAGGGCGAUACGAACGUUGGGGAAGAAGAGUCAGCCACUGUCAUCAAUCUCCCAGGGUUUGGUGAACACCCAGUCCUUGACCGAAAAAUUACAUCAUUCCAGGAGCUCUCGGUGGGACAAUGUCAACUGUUCGCUCUUUGUCGAGCACUUGUCAGAGCCAGUCUGCUGCGGCGUUCUGGGGUGAAGCCCGUGAUUGUCUUCGACGAAGUCACAUCGUCUCUCGAUACGGCUACGGAGUCCACUAUUCACCGUAUUGUUGACGAUGAGUUCACCAAAAUGGGCCACACUAUCAUCAUUGUUACCCACAGACUUGGCGCUUUGGAGGAGCACAUAAAAAUAGGGAGGGAUGCUAUCGCAUUGAUUGGAGAUGGUGUGUUACAGGAAGUCAUUGAAGACUUUGACCCAGCGACCUUCACGCAUGUUGAACAGAUGGAGUAAAGGGGUACCAAGGACUUCGACACAUGAGUCUCUGGACAUAUUGUCAGCUUUCAUGGUGAAUUAGCUCCCUGAAUUGGUAGCCUAGAAGAUCGUCUUAGAGACCUGGGUGGAAAGAUGCUAAUAAGGUAGUGGUCAAAAGUCGUUUGGUAAAUAUUUUUCCAUUACAAUUUCUUCAUAAAUACAGGUAGAAUUAUCCCAAGCUUUGCCACAAGA